CGUCCACGAAGACGCGUAUCAUACCAAUUCCGAUUGGCAACGAUACGGUCCGGAAUGCACUUACGACGUCCUGGUGAACAUGUCUCUGGCCAAUAUCGUCCACGAGAAUGACAACUUCUGCUCGAUGAUCGCGUCCGAGCUGAAGUGCCGACCUAAAGGCAGCGACAGCCUCAGCUGUCGUUUCGCGAAUGGAAAAAUCGUCAGACCUGAUCCCGACGACACCAGAUGCUCGAACGCGAGAAAUUUCGUUCCUAUCAGCGAGAAAUUCGUGAGCGAGGAUCCGUUCGAGAUCAGGUUCAAUUCGAAGGGAAUCGAAAAUUUGGUCGUCUCGAGGAGCAUCGCUAGGUGGAGGUUGGAUAUGAUUAGAGCGAUCGUGGGUCAGUUGAACAUCGGGUUCGAGGUGGACAACGAACGCGACAGGUUCGUUACCAUGGAGAACUCUAGCUUCGGGCUGUGUGAGGUGGAGGUGAUGAUGUCGAGGGCGGGAUACGGUAGAGGAAGCGACGUCGAGCGUCAGGGACAUGUGGAGAUUGUCUUUGAACCUGAACGACCGGGUCUCGUGCCCUUGAGCAGGGCGUCGCUUAGGAUCGAGAAGAUCAGGCACACGAAGAUGUGUCCUAAUAAGAAGAUUUAUUUCUUUGGGAACCACGAGGACUUCAGUUUUGGGAAUAAGAAGACUUUUAUGGAUAUGACCACACUUAUCAGCCAGAUGCACGUCUCACACAAGGACAUGUACUCGUACACAGAAUCCGCGGGCAUAAUGAAGACACUGAGCAGACCAAGAACGAUGCGACUUUAUCAGAAAAUAAGUCUGUCACUGAAGAGUAUAGAUCCUGCGCGAAAUUCGCUACCGGAAAUCAUGGAACCUGCGUCAACUAGUUUGUACGCGUAUACUAAUCUUGAACAAAUUUCAGAAGAAGAAUAA